CUCACCAUGCCUAAAGGUCCGUCGGUUUACUCUGGGUCCUUCUACGGUCCUCUGACCGAGGACGUGGAGGAGCUGCUGGCCCGGUUCCAGCAGACGGAGUCGGUCAGGUUCCAGGAGUUCUCGUCCCUGUGGAGGGACAGGAGCUUCUCGGAGGUCUUCCUGGGUCUCAGCAGUGGAGACCUGAAGAGGUUCUCCAGGAUCUGCAUGUCCACCGCCGUCAGGUUCUUCCUCCCCCCCAACAGCUACCAGGUCCGGGUGGGGGGUCUGUACCUGAUGUUCGGUUUCUACCACACCCAGAGGACAUGUCCUCCUGUGCAGAUCCGGCUGGCUCUGAAGGACUGGGUCCACGUCCAGGACUUUCUCAGGAACUCUGUGAACGGGGAGCAUCAUGAUGUGCUCUACAUCUUCCAGAAGCUCCUGGCGGACAAGGCCUUCCACUUCACGGCCAUGCCUCAAGUUCUGACCUUCCAGAAGAAGCGGGGACACCAGACUGAGGAGGUCUACCUGAGCAGAGACCAGGGGGUCCAGGACCUCAUAUCCUCGAACCUCCUGGACGAGCUGAGCAGCGUCCAGGACCACUACGAGAAGCUGAAGGUCACCGUGGGCUGCAGUGUCUCCAUGGCCCACCGGGACUUCAGCUCCCGCCUGAUGGACUGCAUGUCCCAGGAGACAACCGUCCCCUCAGAGACCAGCGAGGACAAGAAGGCUGGAGCUGGAGACGAGAAGGACGAAGAGUCCAGCAGCAGAGCCAGGCUCCUGUCCUCCAUCAAGCAGAGGAGCUACGGUAACUUCCAGGAGGCCUCCAGGUCCAGGAGAUAUCGUAAACUGGAGGUGGUGGACUUGUCCUCCUUGGACGUCCAGCAGGUCCAGGAAGUUGGACCUUCACAGAGGAAGAGGCCCGUCUCUCUGAGGGCUCGGACCCAGAAGACCCUGGUGGUGACGGAGGAGAGGAGCUCCGUCCAGCGCUGGCUCCUGAGCACUCCUGAGGGGACAGAAGGAGUCCCGCUGAAGAGGACGAACCCACCUGAGGGACAGUCCCAAGACCCGAGGGACAGUCCAAGACCCGAGGGACAGUCCAAGACCCGAGGGACAGUCCAAGACCUGAGGGACAGUCCAGGACCUGAGGGACCAGGAGGACAUCCCUCUUUAAUUUUUUGCUUUAAAAACAUUUAACCGGAUUUCA